UGUGUAGAAGAAGUGAGAAAAAGAUAGAUAAAAAACGAAAACGCCAAGCAAGCAAAGCCGUUCAAGAAGCAGUAGCCUGCUGCUACAACAUUUCCGGAAGUGCGUGCUUGCGUGCGUGUGUGCGCGUGUGAUUGUGCAAUUGUGUGUUUGUGUGUGAAAGAAAGUUUCCAAUUGUGCGUGCCAGCGUGUGUGUGGCCGCCUAGUCGCGAAAGGGGAAAACACACAAAGGCAACAAACCCUUUGGCGCGCCCCUCCCUCAUUGUUAUUGUUGUGCUGUGCUUAGAGUGAAAGAGAGCGAGAGAGUGAGAGCGGGUGAGUUUUUCGCGCGUUCCGCAUUGUGUUCCGCGCGUACAUUUUCCGGGAGGGUUUUCCACGGAGUCAUCGCGUAGAAGCGCCGUAACAGCACCGAGCACCCGUCUUGUCGCGUGCUCGUGAUCGCGGAAGUGUGUGUGUGUGUGCGCGCGCGCGAGUGUGUGUGUCCGCCCCUAACUCCCCUUAAUUCAUCUCCACCGGUGCGUGUAAGGCGUGGGAUCGGUGGAAGGCGGCCGCGGGUUAUGCGCAACGGCUGAAUGGCGGCUGUCGGUGGCCCUGCCAGGCAAUCACGGGGGGUCUCCAUGAGUGUCUCGAUGUCGCUGGUACAAGGAGGAGCUGCCGGUGCGCCGCAGGGCGCCAUCCUGGCCGCGGCCGCACCCUACUUCCAGCCGCCGGCCGUCCCGCAGGAUGUCCAGCCGGACCGGCCAAUCGGUUACGGCGCGUUCGGUGUCGUAUGGGCUGUCACCGAUCCGCGUGAUGGACGCCGGGUCGCACUCAAGAAGCUGCCCAACGUUUUCCAGUCGCUCGUGUCCUCGAAGCGUGUGUUCCGCGAGCUGAAGAUGCUGUGCUUCUUCAAGCACGAAAAUGUACUUUCUGCACUGGACAUCCUACAGCCGCCACAUUUGGAUUUCUUCCAGGAAAUCUACGUGAUUACGGAGCUGCUCCAGUCGGAUCUGCACAAAAUCAUCGUCUCGCCGCAGCACCUGUCCGCUGACCACAUCAAAGUGUUCCUGUACCAAAUCCUGCGCGGGCUGAAGUAUCUCCACUCGGCGCGCAUCCUGCACCGGGACAUCAAGCCCGGCAACCUGCUGGUGAACAGUAACUGUGUGCUGAAGAUUUGUGAUUUUGGGCUGGCGCGCGUCGAGGAACCGGACCAAUCGAAGCACAUGACGCAGGAAGUCGUCACGCAGUACUACCGCGCGCCGGAGAUACUGAUGGGCGCCCGCCACUACUCGGCCGCCGUCGACGUCUGGUCGGUCGGGUGCAUUUUCGGCGAGCUGCUCGGCCGGCGCAUUCUCUUCCAGGCGCAAAGCCCCGUACAGCAGCUUGAACUGAUCACCGAACUGCUCGGUACGCCAUCGCUGGAGGAUAUGCGGCAUGCCUGCGAGGGCGCCAGAAGCCACAUGCUGCGGAGGGCACCGAAGCCCCGGUCACUGACCGCACUCUACACGCUGAGCACCCAUGCCACACACGAAGCCGUACAUCUGCUCUGCCAAAUGCUCGUCUUCGAUCCGGACAAAAGAAUAUCCGUGAUCGAUGCGUUGGCCCAUCCGUACGUCGACGAGGGUCGACUUCGUUACCAUUCCUGCAUGUGCAAGUGCUGUUACACCACGUCCGCCGGCAUGCGCCAGUACACCGGCGAGUUCGAGCCAUCCGCCACCCAAGCAUUCGAUGACCUGUGGGAACGCAAACUGACCUCCGUGCAGCAGGUGAAAGAGGAAAUGCACAAAUUCAUUGCCGAGCAGCUACAGACGGGCCGCGUGCCACUGUGUAUAAAUCCCCAAAGCGCUGCAUUCAAAUCCUUCGCUAGACGUGCUUCGCCAGGCCAAACACGGACAAAGUGAUGAUGAGUGCAGAUUUGCAGGCAGAAAGGAGGAAGAUGCUGGUUUAAUGCAUGCGCACGAGAGGUUCCGACCGUGCGAAGGAAAAACGGUCGCAACACAACAUUAUACUCACAUACGGUAACGAGCACGCCCCGUGUAUUACGCUUUAAAGUGCAAGUAGUAGCAACAAUUACAUUUGUGAAGAUUAUAGAGCAGCAAUUUGCAGUGUUUGAGGAUACUGUGUACUAAAGAAGGACGAAUGGUAUCAAUGCGCGUACUACUAAGUAUAUUUUGUGUCUGUGUGUAAAGAAAAACGCUCGUAAAACACACACACUUAUGCAGUUAGGCGAUAGGCGCACCUGCUGCGAAACAAAAGCUACGAGAAACAUAAUAACAUUUCUCUCAAGGUGUGCAUUGUAGCAAAUGGUUUCGUUUGUGCACUGUGUACUGGAAUAAUACGUGUCUAUACGAUGAUUAUUGCAAAACAGCACAACACAAUCCCUGCCAGUAUAAUCCCUCACCCAAGAGCAAUGCAUAUGCAUGUUGUUGUGAAUGUGUGUGUGUGUGGUAGGGCUUAAGUGUAGUUUUUCCUGUCAUUAAUCAACUGCAUACGGUUAACGCGUGAAGACACAAGCGCACAGCUUCUAAAUGCAGGCCAUUUUAAGAAGUCUUCGUGUCGACGCGCCACACCUCAGUAGAAGGAGCAGCAUUAGGAUGAGGAGAGAAACACCUUUUUGGGGGAAAAGAACGAUAAUGAAUAAUAUUAACAAAACAAUUGGAUCGAACACUUCUUCCCACAGGAGGUGUGAGACGUUUUGAUAUAGUGACAAAGGUAUGUGGCAGGUGGACUCACAUUUACACAGACCGUCAAGCAAGCAUAAUCGAAUACCUACCCUACCCACACACAUCUUCGUUGUACUGGAAGAAAAUGCAUUUUGGCAGGUGGAAAUGCUGUAGAAUGGUCCACAAAACUCUCCGUGUGUUAUGCAUUGUCCCUAUAAUUGUAGCACAAGCCAGGCUAUAGAAACAUACAAUAAUUAAAGUUUAAGUGAGAAAAAAAGAAGAAGGAGAGACACACACACUAGGCAAGCUAGCCAGGGAGAAACACACAACGAGACAUACAUUUAAUGGGAAUAUCGUAACACAGUUAGUAACCAUUUACGGGUGUGUGUGUGUUUGUGUGUUUGUGAAACAACAUUGAACAAAAGAAAACAUUAUAAAGAAAACAUUGUCUGCUUGUGUGAUAUGAUAUUUAGCGUUUGUUUGAUUGCGCGAUAGAUGUACACGAAAACAGCGAGGUAGCGCGGCAGUAACAGUAAAAUCAUAUACAAUUGUUUGUUGCACACUGCACGCACACACACGCAGCCAAUGUAACAGAAUCGUUUGUGUGUGUGUGUGUGUGUGUGUAGCGGGUAGUGUACUAAUAAUAUUAUUGUAGUGAGAAAAAAAUGGAUCAAACACAAACGAAGAAAGGCUUACUAUAUAGCAUGCCGGGAAUGUUUCGAUCCGAUUACAAUACAGUCCCUGCCGCAUAAACGCUCCCCCUUUUUUUGUAAUCGGAGCCACCUACUACUACUACUACUCCUACUAGUGUGUUGCUGUAUUGGCAUUAAUCUCAGUUCAGACGAACUCUUGUACACACACUUGUACACUCCCUUUAAUCUUCCUGCUAGAGAUUUCGCUUGUGCUUUUCGCAGCUCGCAACGUGUUAAUGCCAUCAUACGGUAUACUGAAAGCAUAAACAAAACUGGUUCGAAAGUGUUACGUUUCUUUCUCUACCGCAAGCCAGCAGAUGAACAAUCUAUCCAACAGAACUAUGCAUAACCCGACUGCCACCCUGUUUGACAACUUUCCCUUAAACGAACCAACGCAACUCUAUAGAACGGACAGCAUAACUGGAGUAUAUAGUAUACAUUCCUAAAACAUUAAAUGUACAACUUAUGAGUAACUCUUUCAUUUAAAAAAAAAGUGAAAACCGUUUCAAACAGAAAUACAAACGCAGGAAAAACAAAACACACACAACCGCAACCGCAAGAAAGGAGAAAAUGGAAGCAAAACAAGGAACACUUUCGGUUUCAGAAAACAACCAAAGCCAACAGCGCGCAGCCAGUAAGCGCCACAACACAGACAAGGUUUACACAGGUGUUAAAGGUGUAGUGCAUUAUAAUCGAACCAUUGUAUUAGUAUGUGUGUGUGUGUGAGAGAGAGAGAGGUAAUAAUUAUAAGCAAAUGUAAAAAUAAAACCCAAUUGACAGUAAACCGAUCUUGAUCGCGUGAUCGCGAAGGGCCAAGCGGUGGUGGUGGUGGUGAUUCGUUGCCCCACUGCAGCAUCAUUUACCUACUAACAAGCAACCAAACCUCCCCAAUGCAUGAGUUUCAGAAAUCUUCCACUCCAAUUGUUUGUGUGUCCUUUUGGUUUAUUUUAGGGAAACUUUAAUAAAAGCAUGGUGUGUGGUACAUUGGCUUGAUUAUAGUAUUUGAUAACAAAACGGUAAAAAAGGCAACACUCUCUCUCUCUGACCUGUGUAAAUAACAAAUUGUGAUUGUUGGUCAUUAUGUAUUGGAAUAUAAAACAGCUGUAGCAACAAAGGGAUUAGAAGAAGCAAACCGAAAAGAAUGAAACAACGCAUAUUUGUCCACACUGCACACGAGACCUCUGUAAAAAGUGAAAAAGUGAAAAAAUGAACAAGUUCACAACACAAAAAGCAAACUUGAAACGACACAUGAAUAAAACGAAUGAGAAAAAAAUGAUUCAAAAGCGAAUGGCUAAAAGAAGAAGAAGAAGAAGGCUGUUAGGAAAAGGCAAUUUUAUACGCUCAGAUUUGUAAAAUUGAAUGGAAAAGAAGAACACGAGAAGCAGUCACAGGCAAAAGCUGCAAAAGAAAAUGUGGAAAUAAUCCCUAUUGUGCAUUUGGGGCACAAAAGGACCCAAUGAAAGGAGGAGAAGGAUGAAUUGGAUGCAUAACACAGUCACACGAACAGACCAGACCACACAGACACAAACACACAUAUUUGUCUUCUCGCAUCUCGGAACACCAGGAUCAGUGUGUGUAUAUACUUGUAUAGUGAGAAAUAGUGAUAGUGAGAGCGUGUGUGUGUGUGUGUAAGAGAGAAAUGAAUUAAAGGAAAAAGAAGGGAAAUUUCAAGCAACAACAAAAACACGAAACAUUGGAAAAAUGAUGAUGCAAAAGAUGUACACAAUCACACAAUAAACAUUAAAACAAACAUAACAAAAACACACAUACACACAAUGCAUGCAGUCCGUGGUGGGCAGGAAACUCAGCAAAUGCAACACCCGUAUGUAUCAGAACACAUAUAUACACACAAUGGAAAAUAUAUACAUAAAUUGAACAGUGAUUGUACAAAAUGUAAACCUAGCGGGUGAGCUUCCCUUUCCCAUGCGCAUGAUGACAUGAAACAGUGCUUUUUUUUAUUAAACUUUUACGUAAAAGUGGUGUUAGAGUUAAACUCCAAAGAAGUAAUUGUGUAAAAAAAACAUCAGAAGGCAGUGAUAAUAAAAAAAAGGAAUCAUGUGUUCCCAUACCGGGAAUCGAACCCGGGCCUUCUGGGUGAAAGCCAGAUAUCCUAGCCACUAGACCAUAUGGGAGAUGAGAACCGAGGCCCCCAAAGCACUACAAAAAUACAACAGUCGUGAGUGCCUCUUCUGUUCGUGAGUGCUUUGAUCGAAUGGUUUGCCGGUUGAGUGUUUUUCGUUUCGUUCGCUCCAAACACUGCAAAAUCAAACCCACAAUAAUGCACAAAAUCCUCAAUGAAAAUGAAUUUGCAAGCAAAAAAUGAAAACAAACAAAUAAUUGAAUGAUUUUGAUAAUGACCUAAAAACCAAACCCAUUAGGCUCGGUCUGCUUGCUUGUGGAACGUCCCAAAAAAAAACCUGUCGCUACGUUCCCCGGAAGCAAAGCCCCGCCGCGCCAUAUCGUAAACAUUAUAGUAAAGCCGAGGCAUGAUGAUCGGGUUCGUGUUUUCCUUUUUGCUGGCUGUUGCCAACAAUUGUAUGCUUUAAGAAAACAAACAGAAAAUCACUCAACAGAAGAAAAACCGGUCUGCACAGGAAAUUUUACCUAUUGACUGGUUGCAUUGGCCGCGCGCCGCCGUGGAGCCGCACGUUGCCCCGCAAAGGCAACAUUGGAGUUAAAUUUAACUUUGACCUCGUUUCCAGCCAUUGGCGGCUGUACGGGCGGCGACGGGCCUGUGCAGUAGCCUCAUUUUUUCGGCACACAAAUUAGGUGACAGUGUGGUUGCUUCUCGGCAAAAACGCGCUUCAAUGCACUUAAGCAAGUGAUGGGGAUAGUGUGAUAUUGGGUAGACGAAGAAACGAAUUAUAAAAUCCUUUCUACAAUAUUCUUUUAAUUUAACAACUCCAACAAACUCCAAAAGACCCGUGUCCCUUCGUCGCCAAGGUAACGCACAAACCUACCCCGACCUUCCACGCGGGCUCGCAAUCAAUCUGUCAAACCAAUAAGUCAUCAGCGGGCAGGGUGGCCAUGCUGUUAUGUGGCGUGCACUCUAAAAAAAACCCCACCAGAGCAACCCCGUUCGAUCGGUGCGCGAUUGACAAUCGAUCAAUUUCAUUUCUGUCACCUUCGCGUACUAUCGUAAUCACCAUCGUGUGAAAGAUCCCUUUACACUUGAUUACACUUCGGGCAACAAAAUUUUCUGCAAGCCCGAUCGAUGUUUCGCGAUCGCGAUCGCCACUGCAAUUAAAAUGUAAAUGCGUUACAUCGUAGCGGGGGGUUCCCAGUGCGUGAUGCAUUCGGGGCAGAAACAUCAAACACAAAAAAACGCAGAAAUGUAGUGUGUAGUGAGAGCAUCGGCACCGGGGAACACUCAGCAUAAUAAUUAUCAAUUCGUCAUAGUUCUCGUGUGUCCCUCAUGGUGGUUUCCAUGUGGCGGCACUAAUUUAGCACAACCGCCUGUCUAAUGCAUAUUUAUGGCCCUACUAGCGAUGGAUGAGGAAUGCAUAGUUUUCAUCCCUUUCCUUCCCCUUCACCUUUUUUUCUUUCUUCUGGAUUGGUCACUACUGUUAGGUUGUAGAGGAUCAUAAACCCACCCCUCUUCUACCUCCAAAGGGGAUGUGGCGAGUCUUUCGAUACUUUCCAAACACACAUGUUUUCCUCCCACUCCCUCCGGUUGUUCUCUGUGUGUGUGUGUAUGACUGGUAACCUUUGCCGGGGGGUGUGUAAUUUAAACAAAUUGCUCCAGUUCAAUGUGACACUUUUCUAUGUGCGUUUGUUGUGCGUGCUUUUAUGUGGCUUACGGUCGUUAAAAUAAUAGCAUGGCCUCAUAGUGUGCUUCCAGUGUGAAAAAUUAGGUUUUUAUUGUCACGAAUUGUAGGCAGCAAGUGGGGGGGGUGGGGGUGAGUUAGAAUGUUUUAGAACCAUAGUUCUGAGACACUUUCUUGACUCUUUCCUAUAGGAAAUAAUCUUUAAGAGAUGGGCAUUAGUGUCCUUUUUCCAAUAAGGCAAAAUAAUGUAAAAAAUCCAAUAGGAAUUUAUAAUGAGCGAACAGAAUCCCCACAGCUAUGAGAACCUCUGGAAAACCCUAUAAGCAAACAAAUCGUCGAUCAUUUUGUGAAUAGUUUUUACAUUGUAUUUAGACAUACAGGGCUUUUUUGCAAUUUUUACUCUCUAAAGACUGUAAAGACUGCUUAAGAGGCUUCCAUAGAAAUGUAUAAAGUGGUUGAACUCGUUUGUGUGUUCGGUCGAUUAAAAAAAAAGCGAUCCAAGCUCCUCCUUUUCGACAGUUCUGAAGUCAAAUGAUGCAGAUUUCUGCAAACAAAUUAUGUUACUCCAUGCAUUUUGUAAUAACUUAAACAAAAAAAGGAUAACAUCUAAAAUUGACUUAUCGCAUUGGCGUCUUUUACGAUAUCAUAUGCCCGCUUCAUUUCAAAUAGAAAAUUCAAAAUUCAAAUAGAUAUUUUGCAUAACGUAAUUUGUCUACUAAAAUGCAAUUCAUACUCUCCAUAACCCCUACAAAGUACCGCCAGUAUCGCUGCAUCUUUAUAUGCAAUUCCUUCCCAACUAAACGAUGCACAACUGCAACCGAUCCUCUCAAUUGGUGCAGAGCGGCAUCCUCUGGUCAAAGGAAAUUGAAUCAACCUGCUUCUAACACGCGCUGGCCACACGGCCAUCGGCCAUAUAUCAUCGGCCGGGUCGGGUAUUGGGCGGCCCCCGUCAUGACAAAUUUAAUAUUAAUUUAGUUCCGCGCGUUUGAUAAAUACCGUUCAACAAAGUGUUGAAGACACGAACAAAUGCGAUCGCCAAUUGUGGACAUUUUGUCCCGUUUUUUUUAAAUAGAUUUUUUAUGCGCUUUUGCAGUGCAUCUUGUACUCCCGGUGCACUCUAUACUCUGCGUUAUUUCUUUUGUUGCGCGCGCGGGCCAGUACUUUCUCGCGCACUACAACGCGCCACAUUCGCACACGUGCGCCCUUCGUGUAGAUCACGUUCAGCCCCGAGGUUGGGACACGGUGUGGUGUGUGCAGUGGUUCUGUAGAUAAAAUCGAUCCCUUAUGCAUGUGCAAUGUACAUGCGUGUGUGUGUCUGUGUGUGUGUGUGUGUGAAUGCGUAGUACUAUUUGCUUGCCUCUUUCUUCGCUUCCUUUGAUCGAUCGUCAAUCAUCGUCAAGCGCGCGUGCGAAGAGGAAAGGGAAACGACAACCACCACCACCACCAGCACAGACACUAUAGUGUGGCCAUAUACUACACAACAAACGCUUCGGCAACACAUUCUGCCCUGCGCUGGGUUUGGCCGAUCGUGUGUAGAGAGAGAGCUCGCCGUUUGCCGUUUUUGCGGCGCCCGGCCAGAACGUUUCGGUCGGUGUCGAAGAGCAAGCGCGCGCGCGUUUGCGGGAACGAUCGUACCAACAAACCGCGAGUCUGCUUACGCGCGAUCGAGUUUACGCAUUUGUUUGCUGAAGAUCAUUACAGUGAAAGCGUUUAAAAAGUGUUACUAUUCAUUGAGCAAA